GCAUGUCCAGGGAUCACACUCACGCUUUCUCCGUCUUUGCUGCUGCAGAACGGACCGCAAAGCUUCUGGCUGCUGCUUCUUCUUUUUCCUCCCUCCUCAUACCAGGACUCUGAACGUGGUGGACAUUCCUUUUCUGUGGUGAUCAAAGCAGGUGUCCAACUAACCUGGAUGCACACAGGCUUUCAUCUCUUUGAAGUGGGUGAUGAUUUGACAGCAUCAAACUCAAGACAAAGAAACUUUCUCUUAGAGGGACUACUGCCUGAUCUGUCCUAUCAAGACGUAUCAUCAUCAAGGGCCAUGAGCUGCUGCUGGGGAUACAGCCUUCAAAAUCUUUUGACAUGGAACACCUAAAAUGGAAACACAACUAACUUCAAUACUUCAGCUUAAGCGUUAAUUAUCAAGAAGACAUCCUCCUCUGCCGUUUAAAUUUUUCUUAGCCUGGCCUUCUUGCCCCUAUCUGCACCCCUUCCCAUUUUAAAUUUGAACUACUGCUCUCUUCCUUUCCCCUGUCAGCUCCAAUAUCCCCCCUCUCCAUUCACCUAAGGUGACAUCCAACGCUCUGAAUUCAAACCAUGGCUGCUAGACAACGUUUGUCCUUCCUGUUUCCAUCCCUGCAUCUUUCCCUCCUCCUUCCUGCACUGUUGCUCCUACGCCUGCCUGUUAUGGUGAAAGGGGACUGCUGGCUGAUAGAGGGGGAUAAAGGUUACGUUUGGUUGGCUAUCUGCAGUCAGAACCAACCUCCGUUUGAGACCAUUCCCCCGCACGUCAACAGCACGGUUCAUGACUUGAGGUUGAAUGAAAACAAACUCAAAGCAGUGCUAUUUACCUCCAUGUACCGCUUCACAAACCUUACUGAUCUCAACCUUACGAAGAAUGAGAUAAGCUACAUUGAAGAUGGAGCCUUUACUGGACAAGCUAACCUUCAGGUUCUACAGCUGGGUUACAACAAACUGACCAAUUUGACUGAGGGAAUGUUGAGAGGCCUAGGGCGAUUGCAGUGCCUCUUUUUACAGCACAACCUCAUUGAGGUCAUUGCCAACAAUGCCUUCUGGGAGUGUCCUAACCUUAGCAGCCUGGAUUUAUCUUUAAAUAAGUUGGCCCGUCUUGACCCAUCUACCUUUACUGUCCUCAACAGGCUAAUGGUUUGUGAGCUUGCAGGAAACCCAUUCCAUUGUGGCUGUGAGCUCUACAAUUUUUUGACAUGGCUAGAGGAGUUCAACAAUGUAACCCACACUUAUGACCGCCUCCAAUGUGAAACUCCAACAGAACUGACAGGUUACCCACUCCUGGGUCCAGUCCCUGGGCAUGGAAGAAAUGCCCGGUACAUCCUUUUAUCUGUCUGUCGUGAUGGCGUAAUUAUUCCCGGAAUGACCUCCCAGAUGCCAGAUCCAGAUGGGUCAGGAAUGGAUUUAGACGGUUCCGAUCUGGGUCUAUACCCUCAGCCAACCACAACAUCUACAGCUGAUCCCAACUAUGUUUCUCAGAUUUCCAUUAAACUUGAAUCAGUCUCCCUGUCCACUGCAUCACUGUUUGUGCAGAUUCCAAAGCCAUAUAGUAAGAUGUUCAUCCUCUCCCAAUAUAAUGAUACCUUCCCUACAGACAUAAUGCCCCUUACAAAGAAAAAGGAGAAGAUUCCUAUAGAUAAGCUGAAACCACACACUAAUUACACUUACUGUGUGGCUUCUGCAAGUAAAUUGCAACGCUACAAUCAUACUUGCCUGUCUUUCACUACAAGAGCUAUUGGCCCAGAGGACCUCCGUUCCAAUCCUUCCACAACUACUCACUACAUUAUGACCAUCUUGGGAUGUCUCUUUGGUAUGGUGAUUGUGCUUGGACUUGUCUACUACUGCCUCAGGAGGCGACGCAUCCAAGAAGAAAAGGAAAAGGCUAUAAGCGUGAAAAAAACAAUCCUGGAGAUGAGGUAUGGCUCUGAAGCAGCUGCAGCUGUUGCCAAUGACCCAGGUGCUAUCCAGCGUCUUCAGGAGCAGUCCCACCACCACCAUUCAGGAGGAGCUGGAGGCAAGCCUCCACCAUCAACUUCUUCUAGCACAGGGAUGCUGCAUGGAUCAGCAAACACAAGUUCUUCUCGCCUAACUUUGCCCCAGGGGGAAAAAAUGGCCUCUGCCUUCUCUGAAGCAACAUGCAGCAAGAGUAACUACAUGGAUGUUAGGACAACAGGAAUCGCUGGCGACAGCAGAGAUGGCGUAGUGAUUGCUGGGGGAAUUGGAGGAGAAGUAGUUGUUGAUAUGCGUGGUGUAGCUGAAAAUGGAACAGGGGCUGGGGAAGAUUCGGAUGACGAUGGUCACGGCUCAGCAUCAGAAAUUUCCACUAUCGCUAAAGAGGUGGACAAAGUGAAUCAGAUCAUCAACAAUUGUAUUGAUGCCCUUAAGCUGGAUGCCUCUGCCAAUACUGUGACGACAGCUGAUGAUGGUAACUCUCUGUCUUCCUCCCAGCCUCCUUGCAUGGCCCCCCUUCCCCGCAAUCUUUUGCCUCUCUCUACUGUGUCUACUGGAGAUCAGAUCAUGGCCUCUUCUCCAAAGGUACACCCAAAGUCUCAGCCACACCCUCAUCCUCAGCCACAACCUCAGUCCCAUCCUCAGCCUCACCCACAGCUACAUCAGCAGCCGCAUCCCCCUUCAAUGGCCCCGGUUCCCCUAGUCAUGCCUCUGUCGGAGCGGCCUGGCAUCAGUGGAGGUGGGUUUCUUUCCCCUCCUUACCGUGACCCACCCCCAGCUAAUGCAGUACGGCCCCUUCAGAGGCAGCACAGUGCUGACACUGCUGUAGUAAAGAACCGUUGUGGUGCUCCUGCUGCUGUACCUGUCAAGAAUACAAGAGUGUACAAUGUAGAAGUACCGGAACAGCGAAAUGACCCACCCAAGUAUCCAACAGAGAAGGGGAAUCCUGCUGUUUGUGGUGGGAUGGGUGGAAAUGGGGGACCUGGUGGUGUAGGAGGCUGUGGUGGAAAUGGAAAGGGAAAUAUAAAUGGUGGUGGAGUGAGUUUAAAUGGUGGUGGUAUAGGGUGCAAUAAUGGGAAUGGAAGUGGAUGCGGGGCCUCUGGGCCUGGACAGCAGCAGCAUCACUUGGAGGUUCAGCCAGACUACCACAGCUCAGAGCACCGACACUCCUUUCCUGCACUCUACUAUGAGGAUAGCAAUGACUCACCUGCCCAAAAGGCCUCAUUCCUAAAGCCACUGGGGCGCACAAAGAGGGAUGCAACAGCUACCUACUCCCAGCUGUCUCCUUCUCGUCACCAUAGUUACAACUCUGGGUACUCCUCGAGUCCAGAGUACACAUCUGAGAGCACUCUACGCAUCUGGGAGCGUUUUCGACCAUACAAAAAAAACCCACGUGAGGAGGCCUCCUACAUAGCAGCAGGACAUGCCUUACGUAAGAAGGUGCAGUUUGCCAAGGAUGAGGAUCUUCAUGAUAUUUUGGAUUAUUGGAAGGGUGUUUCUGCCCAGCAAAAGAUGUGAGUUGAAAAAAAAACUCUAAUAUUUCUUGGGAGAUUUUAAGUUGAAGAGCAACAGCAGACUAAUGCUGGGGUGGGAUAAAGCCUUCUGCAGCGGGGUCUUGUGACUUGGGUUUUCAUCCAAAAGACCCAGAGUUGACAUAUCUGUAGGUGAUUUUUUUUUUUAAACAUGUAUUUGGUGACAGUACAUAGACAUUUUUAAUGGUUGCACACGAGGCUGGUGUUUGUCACCACAACUCUCAGUAAUCUGGUCACCUGAUGACCUCAUGCUGGGCACUUUGGUCCUUGCAGGCUUUAAAGACAUGUAAGUCCAUUCUAAUCAGCAAAGUUAAAGUGGUGAUACACAUCUUCUACCUCAUUACUGGUACAAUGUAGCUCAACUAUCUUAGUAGAAGCAGCGUGAUUAUUACUUGAGCCCUUUUUUUCCUAAUUCCUUCAAAUAUUGAUUUAAAGGACAGCAAUUCAGCUGCACUACUUCUACGUGGGCUGCUAUGAAAAGAUAAAUUAGAGUGGUAGAAGUUUUUUUUUGUAAAAGGUCUUUUUGUAUACAGGCCUUUGGGGAGAAACAUUAAAUCAUACUUAUCAUUAUCAUCCUUAUUGUUCUCCCUGGCAAUUAGCCAGUGUAACAGCAGGUCAGGGAUACUGUUUGUUGAGCAAAAUGUUAUUGAUGUUAAACACC